AUGUUUCCUGUGAUCCUAGCUACGUUGGCGUUUGCUCCGAUGCUGCUUGGUUCACCUUAUAGUGUAACUCUAGGGCAAACUUUGGCCCGGCAUCGUGAAGGCAGCCUAAAGAGUUUAUCUUAUCCACCUGAAGACGAACCAGGGCCAGAGCCUCUUCCUGCUUGGGUGAAACGCUAUCAAAAGGCCAAAUCUCGAGGCCUCAUUCCUUCCAUCAGGCCUGCAGUCCUAAUCAACGGCGUUCCCGAAUACCCUUUUUACUCCGAUUCAACAGUCUCAAACCCGAGGAAAGUUUGCAGCUGGACUGUUUCUAAAUGUAAUUCGCGCAGAGAUAUCGUAAACGCACCUCGCGGGACGAUGGGAAUUUCGUUCGAUGACGGCCCCCAACCUCCGACUUCUGAGCUUUUAUCUUUCUUGAAGGAGAAUGAGCAGAAAGCAACUCAUUUUAUGAUUGGUUCCAGGAUCCAUCAGAACCCAAGCUUACUUGUUGAGACUGUUCACAAGAACCACGAUCACAUUGCGGUACAUACUUGGUCUCACCCUUAUAUGACAACGAUGACAGAUGAGCAGAUCUUGGGUGAGAUUGGAUGGACGAUGCAAAUUAUCAAUGAUCUAACCGGUUUGGUUCCCGCAUUUUGGAGACCACCAUACGGUGACAUCGAUAAUCGAGUGCGAGCGAUCAGUCGACAUGUUUUUGGCCUCAAGACGGUAAUGUGGUCUGUGGAUCCAAAUGAUUGGUGUCUAUCUGAUGAAUCUUCACCAGGAUCUGAGUGCACACCCGGUUCAGGCCCACAAAAUAUCAAUCAACUCAUCCACGAUCUGAAACAUCGCAUACGUCAUGGUGUUCAUGGAGAUUCUCCAAACAGACGAUUUCCCAAGCACGGCAUCAUAAGCUUGGAGCACGAAUUAUCUUGGAGAACAGUCCAGAGCUUCAUGCAGAGCUACCCCUUGGCGAAAUCUCUCGGUUGGGACACUAGGUCGAUACCAGAUCUUUUUGGGCUGGAUUGGUAUCAAAAGCCGGUGUCGAAUUUCACUCAUACCGGAAUUCUGCCCAUACUGAAGAAGAAGCCAUUCACGGCAAACCACACAUCUAACAUCAACAUUACGACUCCUUCCCAAGCUGAUCUGCUGAAUCACAGAAAUGAAACCGCGCCGAUAGUUUUACCUCACUCCCACGAACUAAACUCAUCCCUUGCCCGUUUCCCAAUUCGAAACGAGGGCCAUGGACUUCAGCCAAGUGGAAUUGCGGUAACCCUGGCCUCUUUAAUUUUCUUCUCGACUGGCUUUCAACUAAUCUAUUGACUGAGG